CUUCUUCUUCUUCUUCUUCUUCUUCUUUAACGUUUCUCUGUCGUUUCUUCCAAACAAAAAAAACACACUUUUUCAGGGUUUUAGAAUCAGAGAGUAACUCUAAAGAUUUUGUCUCUUGGGUUUUGUCGGACAGAAAUCAGUCACCGAACCUACGAUGAGCAGCAGGCGAUCAGUGAAGAGAUCAUUGAUUCUUGAUGAUGAUGAAGAUGAAGAUAUAUUCUACAGCUUCAAGGUCCUUCUACCUAACGGCACUAGUGUGAAACUCACUGUUAAUAACCCAGACCCUGAGAUGUCGAUGCAGAAUUUUGUCAACCUGGUGAAGAAGGAGUACGAUAAUGCGCGUAAAGAUUGUGUUUUGUUGUCUAAGAGGACGAAGGUUGAUUGGAACUCAGGCGGAAAGUUUUAUCUUGAGUCAAAUGGUGAUAAGAUGAAAGGCAUUGUUCGCUUUGCUGCGUUUAAGCCCAACUUGUGCCAUAUUAUACGUCUUGAUGACGGCUCUGGUAUAGCUUUCACCAUGUAUGAGAACUUGUGGGAUUUGACACCUGAUACUGAUCUGCUUAAAGAACUACCUGAAAAUUAUAGCUUUGAGACAGCUCUCGCGGAUCUAAUAGACAAUUCCUUGCAAGCUGUGUGGCCUUUUCGUGAAGGAGCUCGAAAACUGAUAAGUGUGGAUAUUUCUGGUGACCGGAUUACAGUCUUUGAUACCGGGAGAGGAAUGGACAGUAGCGAGGAAAAUUCUAUUGAUAAAUGGGGUAAAAUAGGGGCCUCAAUACAUAGAUCUCAAAAAACCGGUGCUAUUGGAGGCAAGCCACCAUACCUUAAGCCAUACUUUGGGAUGUUCGGAUACGGAGGUCCUUAUGCUUCUAUGUUCUUGGGAAGACGUACUUUGGUGUCUUCUAAGACAAAAGAUUCCAAGAAAGUGUUCACUUUGCAAUUCAAGAAAGAAGCCUUGAUUGACAAUCGGUCUAUCUUGGGAAAAAACUGGAAGACUGAUGGUGGUAUGAGGGACCCGUCGGAGGAGGAAAUGGAGUUAUCGCCUCAUGGAAGCUUUACAAAGGUUGAGAUAUUUGAAUCAGAAUUUGACAUCUCAAAAAUAUAUCAACUCCAGUGCAGGCUUAAGGAUAUUUACUUUCCUUACAUCCAGUGUGAUGAACUCUCCAAAACUGGGAGGACUGAAAGGCCUGUAGAGUUUCAGGUCAAUGGGGAAGAUUUAGCUGAGAUAACAGGUGGAGAGGUUGCCAUUACCAACCUACACUCCAAGGGUCAAGUAUAUUCAUUUCAGAUUCGAUUCACUCUUACCGGUGGGAAAAGAAAAGGGACAACUCAAGAGGCAAAUGCUCGCCUCAAGUUUGUUUAUUUUCCAAUCGUCCAGGGAAAAGAAAGCAUUGAUAAAAUUUUGGAGAGUUUAGAAGAGGAAGGAUGCAAAGUUUCUGAAAGCUUCCAGACUUUUGGUCGUGUUUCAGUAAGAAGGCUUGGUCGUUUACUUCCAGAAGUCCGUUGGGAUUCAAUACCGUUUAUGCAAAGAGGAUACAGAGCGUCUACUUUGCAGAAAGGCUGCCGAAGAGUAAAAUGCUUUGUUGAUUUGGAUGCUGGUUUUAGCCCAACACCCUCCAAAACUGACCUUGCGAGCCAAAAUCCUUUCUCAGUGGCUUUAAGAAACUUUGGUAGUAAAUCGACAGAGAAAGAGAAGGAUGAUGACGUCACUAUUGUGACUCAUAGAGAAGGAAAAUCUGUCAGCUAUGCGCAUCUGGAUGAAAAAUAUCAAGAAUGGGUUUUGGAGAUGCAUAAUACCCAUGAUGAAGAAGCUGCAUCGGGUGCAGAUGAAGCUGUCCUCAUUGUUGGAUCCUUGGAUAAAAAGGCCCUUGGCAUUUUGCGUGAUGCUGUGAGGGUGCACAAGGAAGUUACGAGAAAAGGAAUGUCAUGGAAACGUGGUCAGAAUAUAAAGAUUCUGAGAGGAGCUUAUGCUGGGGUUCACAAUAACAAUGUGUACGCCACCAUUGACUAUUUCCUAAUAGAAGGGUUUGAGGACGAAGCAGGCGGGGAUACUCGGAUUUUAUGCAGGCCAAUCGAUCGCCCUGAGAAUGAGGGAUGCAAGCUUUCAAUCAUCGACGGAAUUUCAAAACUGGAAGUUCGGAGUUCUUUAUCUUUACCGAUCACUAUAAUCGACUCUGGAAAGUGCCUACAUGUAGAUGCAAACGAAUGGAAUAGAAAACUUGAUAAGCAACAGGAAAAGGCACCAUCAAAAAUUGAUUUGCUUGAUGAGAGAGAUUGCAGAGAAUUGAAAAUUGAUGGGGAACUACCGGUUGGUGAUUCUGUGCGUGCUGGGAAAGCUACCCCGAAACAGAUUGUUGCAGUUGUCCGACCUGCAUGCUUCACGUCUUCAACUCCGUCGAAGAAGUUGGACCAGAAACAUAUUGUUAAGAUGGAUGGGGAAGAAAUGGUCAUGGUAGUAACAUUGAAAUCGAGUGAUAAGAAUGUCAAAUCUGUGUGUUCGCAGCGCAUGUUUCCUACAUCCCGUAAAGGGAUUAGUGGUCUUUACAUCUUCCCACUUGGGUCCAAGUUUCCAAACCUUUUCAAGAAAGCUGGCACUUACAAGUUUUCUUUCUCCAUUGGAAACUUGAUUAAGUGCAACAAAACGGUGGUUGUUAGACCUUCUUCUAAGGCAGCAAAGUGGGAACUUGACGAUAAUCUGGAGUCCCUUACGUGCAAUGUUCGGGUGGGUUCUUCUCUUCCACCUUUCCGUAUCGCUUGCUUUGAUGAGUACAAAAACCAGAUUCUGUUCUCUUCCGUUCCAAGCCUGGAAGUUGAACUGGAAGCUAACCCUGGAUUCCUAAUCAAAAUUGAUAAAAUUGAGACCAACCUGAUAAAUGAUGGAUCAAUUCUUAAAAUCGAGAAUAUGCUCGUUGAGACUGAUGGGUUAGAUCAGAUCCGACCUAAUUAUAAAGCAACACUAGAGAUACGAGCAAUGGACAAGCCUUUCUCUGUCUCGGUUCCUUGUAAAGUUAAUCCUGGGCCUCUGAAACGAGUUGCUGUGAAUAAUCCCGACGCUUUGGAGAAUUUGCUUCCAGAUUCCACUGUCGAAGAUUUGAUCCUGGAGAUGUUCGAUGGAUAUAAUAACCAUGUUGCAGAGGGGACUGAUGUUCUGAUAAAUAUUGAUGGUUAUAUUAUUGAAGACUGGAUGGGCAUCAACCGUAAGGUUGAUGGCCGUGGCUGCAUUGAUCUCUCUGGCAUUCUUAAGGUCACAGAAGGCUAUGGGAAAUCUGUAUCACUCUCUGUAAUGUCUGGUAAUGAAGUGAUCUUCAGGAAAGAGUCUCAAAUUGAGGAACGAGAGCUAAGACUUGUAACCGAGCUGCCCGACUGCUGUGCUGCUGGUUCAAAUCUCGUGAACCUCAUCUUCCAAGUGACGGAUUCAGAUGGUUCUUUGGAUACUCGCAUCCAUCAUGAUGAAAAAUCCGGGUGUUUUCACACAAUGUGCAUUGAAUCUGAUUCAAGCAUCGUUGAGAGUACAAUCAGAUAUGCCUUUGUCCACGGGUCCUGCAAAGUUCCUUCUCUUUCCCUACCUGAAAACGAGGGUGUCUUUUCUUACAGGGUGUUCCAUUCUCGAUAUCCUGAGCUGCAUAUGAGCGUAAAGGUAACAUGUGCUCCCACAUUUGAAAGAGAUGAGAUUGGGUAUUCGACACCAUAUUCAACAACUCCACCACCUGAAUCGGGGAUGCCUUCAAUCACAAAUCCAUCUUCGACUCCAUGUUCACAGUUUGGAGUUUUGGCCAUUAGGUCAUCAUCAUUGGCUCUCUGUAGCCAAACUGGCCUGAUGGAUAUAGCACAGUACACUGAGAGUUUAAAAGAAACAAUUAAUAGUGAGGAAGAACUCCGAGUUGAAUUAGAUAAGCGCCUAAAAUGUUUGCAGGAUCAACAUGAACAUGCUGAGCAAGAAUGUAGUAGGCUGCAAGCCUCUCUGGAACCUCUUGGUGCAUCAUUUCCAGAAUGCCUAUCCACCAAAGAAUUAAUGAUGAAGCAAAUCGAAGAUAAGCAUCAUGACACUGCAGCAUCAGUGUUCUGUUGUCUGUACAGAAAGGCUCCGCCUCCACAGUCUCUGUUUCUGUCAAAGAAAGGAAUGUUUGGCCUAGUAGCGCUUCUUGGUUCAGUUGCCUCCACGUCACUAAGCAGGGUUUUGUCUGAAUAUUUGGGGAAAGACACAAUGCUUUCGUUGGUAUGCAAAUCAUCACAAUUUGGACCUAAAAGCGAUGAGUAUCGCAAGCUUCAAUCUGAAGCUGCUAGCCUCGGACGAUCUAUCACCAAUCGGUUUCUUGUUAUUUGUCUCGAUGCAAUUAGACCUUGGAGGAACGGACUUGUGAAGAAUGAUCCUCAGAAGAGAUUAGCCAUGGAUAACCCUUACCUGCCGAAUGGAGAUCCUAUACUGGGCUUCAAAGGCUAUGCCGUGAACAUGAUAGAUUUAUCUUCAGAGGAGCUGAAUAUACAAUCAAGCUCAGGUUACGGGCUUAGAGAGACGCUGUUCUAUGGAGUUUUUGGAGAGUUGCAGGUAUAUGAGACCGGGGAGCAUCUUGAAGCAGCUCUUCCUCACAUCAAUGGUGGAGACGCUGUGUCUCUAGAUGGUGUGAUCGCCAGAGAAAACGGUUUCAUAUACUCCGGUUGCUGUACACCGGAAAUUCAUUUUCCAAUAACCGUAACGGAGAGGCAAGAGAAGGCAUUGGUGCAACUGGAAAUAAUAAGAGACAAGAAGAGAAAGGUUGAGCAGAUGAUGACUGAGGAGAAUUGUAAGUUGCGUAAGGUGGUGAAAAAGUUGAAGAAGGCAAAUGAGAAAUACCAACAUUUUACUGCUAUGGCAGCAGACUCUUCUUAUUCUUAGGUUCUACUUUAAAAAAGUUUUCUUAAUCUAGUACUUUUGUAAAUAGCUAAAGAUUUGGAGCAAUUCGGUAGUUUACUAAACGUUCUGGCUAUUUUGGUAAAUAUAAAAAGGUUUGGUGUUUUGCUGAAAAUAACAAAAGCUCUUGCGAAUA